GUCAUUGGAUUAGUAACCCGCGGUGAUGAGAUCAGCGGGAUCGGCUUUCGCGAGGGGGUACGGCGCUGGCCGCGCUCCCCCGCUGCGCCGGCUCUCGCAUGAGGCGGCGGCGGGCGGCCCAGGGGGAGGCAGCGCGCACAAAGCCCGGUAGCCGCCACAGGCCGCCUCAGCGCCGGCACCGGGCGCCGGGCGGGGCUCCCGGGCGGCCCGGCCCAGCGGAGCGGAGCGGGACUGCGCCGCCCCGAGCCCCGGAGCCGCCCGAACCCCCACCCCCCGGGCGCGGCGCCCGCCUCGGUGCCGGGCCGCGGCGCCUCCCGGCUCCCCCCCGCCUCCCCGGGGCCGCGGCUCGCCCUGGCGCGGCGGCAGUCGCUGGGAGGCGGCGGCGGGGAUCGGCCUGCGGCGGGGCAGCGCAGGGGGCACCGGGCGAGCCGCGGCGGCCGGGCUGCCCGGGGUGUGCGCUCGCCGUUCGCCUCGCUCCCCCUGGCUUCCCCUUCUGCUCGCGUAACGGAUCGGUAGAGGCGCUUCGAGGGGGCUUAUGGAGCAUUUUUUCUCUGAAAACAUUGCUGCUAAAAAGCUCCAAACAGGAGAAGUAAAUCCAGUCAGCUUGUCAGGUCACUGGCUCAGUGUAAAAGUGCUUUCAUGAGGUAACGUUGGGCCAAAGUCAACUUUUCUUUCUCCUUUGUCAGUCUGCAGCCAAGCAAUGGGCCAGAAAAUCUCAGGGAGCAUAAAGUCUGUGGAUGUGAGGGAGCCCCCUUAUAGGCCUGUCAAACGAGAGCUGAGAGGCCCGGAUUUUUGCAAGCCAGCACGACUGGACAUGCUGUUGGAUAUGCCCCCUGCCAAGCUGGAGGUCCAGUAUAAGCAUGCUUGGAACAAUGAAGAUCGCUCCUUAAAUAUAUUUGUAAAGGAAGAUGAUAAACUGACUUUUCAUAGACACCCAGUUGCCCAAAGCACAGAUUGCAUCCGGGGCAAAGUCGGCUACACGAGAGGCCUGCAUGUCUGGCAAAUCCACUGGCCCACGAGGCAACGGGGAACUCAUGCUGUGGUGGGGGUCUCCACAGCCGAAGCUCCGCUGCACUCGGUGGGAUACACGUCGUUGGUUGGUAGCAAUAGUGAAUCGUGGGGCUGGGAUCUGGGACGCAACAAACUCUACCACAAUUGUAAAAACCAGCCUGGGGUCACGUAUCCUGUCUUUUUGGAACCGGAUGAGUCUUUUGUACUCCCAGACUCCCUGCUGGUGGUUUUGGAUAUGGAUGAAGGGACGCUUAGCUUCAUGGUAGAUGGACAAUAUCUUGGAGUGGCCUUCAGGGGACUAAAAGGGAAAAAACUUUACCCCAUAGUCAGUGCAGUCUGGGGGCACUGUGAAAUUACAAUGAGAUACAUCAACGGACUUGACCCGGAACCCCUGCCUUUAAUGGACUUGUGCCGAAGAUCAAUUCGUUUUGCUCUUGGCAGAGACCGCCUGCAUGAUAUAGAAAUUCUACCUUUGCCUCUCUCUCUGAAAAAUUAUUUACAGUACCAAUAAGACAUCUAGAACCCUCUGGCCUCACUUUGGACUACAUCAAUGCAAAUGGCAGAAAAUUGUUUACAGCAAAAUAUAAAUCUUCGUGAUGGACACUUAAGUGUUAUUUAAUUUUUAAUAUAUAUUUUUUCUGAACCAGUGAAAGCAGAUCACUGUGGGGGACUACUAAAGAAUGUGAAAACAUUGAUUUGAUCGAGAUUUGUGUAUUAUCUGUUGCCUGUUGUGUUUACAGUCCUGAAGGCCAUUAUUCUCAUCUCUCAUAUUGGUUUAUCUUUGUUGCCUCUGGUCAAUGCCAAUAGAAAAUCAGACCUGCAAGAUCCACUGUCAUACAGGACAGAGAAUUUUUCAGUAAUGUGAUUUUUUUUUUUUCCUUUUUCUUUCUCUCUGCUACACCUCACCCCAAUAGAUAAAAAUAAAUUAGCAAAAGAAAAACCUUGACAGUAACUUUUGAAAAAAUAUUUAAACCUUGCCUUUGAUAUGCAGAGUUGUUGAGAGCUUUAAGUGUUCAGCACUCAACAUAAUCAGGCCUAUAAUAUCUAAAAGUUCUAACAUUUAAAGUAGAGUAUUGUCUAGAAGAAGAAUAUGUGAUUUAAAAAUACAAGAGGAAAAAAAAGGUAUAUGUGUCAGAAAGAUCAGGUUUUGGAUGUGGUAACAGUAAGAUGCAGUUCAUUGUUUGCAAGACCAAAUCUAGUCCCUCCAAAGUUCUGCAGUUUGUAACAAAGUGUUCACUAUCCCAAGAAUUUAGGAUAUUUGUAUUUUAGAAAGCUUGUCACUUUUUUUAUUUGAACAAAUUUAUAAUUUUUAUGUGGUAUGAACUCUAAGUACUUGGUUCUCUUUUUAAUGUAUGUGUGGUUAUAAUGUUUAUUUAACUGUUUAGAGUCUGUGGAGUUCUCAUUUAACUGUUUCCCAUCUUGGGGUGACUGAUUUUGGUUUUUUUCCCCAACUCCACCUGAAAUGUAUUAAUUUUUCAGGCUCAUCCCAUUUUUUAAGAUGCUGCUUUCUAUUUGCAUUUCUUACAUGUUUCAAGUUAUCUGCCUGAUCAGUUAUCUAGUUUUUAAACUGGAAGUUGUUGUUAUGGCAGGAUGUCAAAUAUUUAGACUGAGCUGCCUUCAGCAUAUUUUAAUGUGAAUUUACUGAUGAAUGAGGAGAAAAUUUCUAAUAAAGUCUACUGUCCAAAACAAAA